AUGGUGAUCUACCGCUAUGCUCUCGAGUUUACGGAGGAUAGUGCACCCAGGAAGAAGUCGAUCAAAAGAGUAGACAAAGAGCGCUUAGUUUCUCUACUCCUCGAUGAGAACUUUUCUCAAUACCGACCGGGCAUCGCGACAGACUUCAACUCUCUGAUCAUCAGAAAAGUCAAACUCAAUCCACCUCAACAGGCCUACAAGUUGUGGAAGCAAAAUAACAACGGCAGACUACCUGACAACAUUGUGGUCUUCCGAGAUGGCGUUUCGGAGAGCCAGUACCAAGUUGUGCUCAAGGCAGAGCUACCGCAGAUCCAAGCGGUCUACAAAGACGUCUAUCCUACGGAUGACAUCAAGAACGGGCUCCCACAACUAAACAUCACUAUUGUUAGUAAACGCCACCAUACAAGAUUCUACCCAAUAAACCCAGACUCAAAUGCAAAUGAGGUCGACAAGUCCGGCAAUCCGUUCAACGGUACAGUUGUCGAUAGGGGAGUGAUUGAGGGGAGAAACUACGACUUCUACCUUCAAACCUAUACGUCGAUGAUAGGGACGGCGCGGCCUAUCCACUACUUUGUGGUCUACGACGAGAUCUUCCAAAAAUACCAUCAGCAUCUGGCCAUAUCAUCAACAGGCCGCCGGUUUGCAAACGCUACCGACGUCUUAGAAGACCUCACUCACAAAAUGUGCUACCUCUUUAGGCGAUGCACGAGAUCAGUGAGCCUAUGCCCGCCGGCACACUACGCAGAUCUGGUAUGCGACCGCGCGAGGCGGCACUUAGCUGAGGUAUUUGAGCCUUCGUCCGCGGCAAGCAACGAUCCUAGGGGGACAGGAAGACCUACAGUACCGGGCCAAAGUAUGGUCACGAUUCACCCGUGA